AACACACUAUGAUCAAAUUCAAGUUUCAAAUUUAUUGGUUAAAAUAAGUAAAAAUUGUUCAAUCUCCUUCUGCUGCUAUUUUAAAUUAAAUAUUCAUUGCAAUAAGUAACAAAAUGACAACUUUAAGACCUUUUACAUGUGAUGAUAUGUACAAAUUCAACAAUGUUAACCUGGAUCCAUUAACUGAAACUUAUGGCUUAUCAUUCUACAUGCAAUACCUGGCCCACUGGCCUGAAUACUUUCAAGUGGCAGAGUCUCCCAGUGGGGAAAUAAUGGGUUACAUUAUGGGUAAAGCAGAAGGCCAUGGUGAUAACUGGCAUGGGCAUGUCACAGCACUCACAGUUGCUCCUGACUUCAGAAGGCUUGGUUUGGCUGCUUCACUCAUGAAUUUUCUAGAGGAAGUCAGUGAAAAGAAGAAUGCUUACUUUGUUGACUUAUUUGUGAGAGUCAGCAAUAAGGUAGCUAUAAAUAUGUAUAAAAAUCUUGGGUAUAUUGUGUAUCGAACAGUACUGGAGUAUUACUCUGGGGAUCCAGAUGAAGAUGCCUAUGAUAUGAGGAAAGCCUGUGCAAGAGAUGUAAAUCAGAAAUCAGUUGUUCCUCUGGCACAUCCUGUUAGACCUGAGGAUUUAGAUUAAGCCAGGAAACAAAAGCAUAUAUUUAACUCAUGAUAACUUGUGCUGGUUUACUUACAUUAUCAAUAAUUUAAUAGGACAGAGUUUGAAAUAAUUACUGCAAUGCAGAUGUAUGGCCUUGGUUUUUCUUUUCAUGUUGUGAAUAUGGACUGUACUAAUAUAAAGUAAUUUUAAAGCUUA